AUGGGUGUUGAAGAUAACCCGUUUCAUUUGGACGACGAAUCCAUUGACGAGCGCGUCGCGCUCCCCAAUCCGUUCCACCAGGAACACGACGAAGAGGACCCUGUUGAUGGUUCUGCAGGAGACUCGUUUGAUCUGGACGAUUACGGUUAUCAGGACCCUUAUCAAGAAACAGGACCAUCCAUGGUCCAUGAGUCCGUUUUAAGACCUCCUUCUAAUGUUUACGACAAUUCCCAGUCGAGCUACUCUUCCAAUAGCUCGUUCAUCGAACCUGAAAAGGCCCAGGAGCCAUACACCACCACCAUGUUUUAUCAGCCUCCUGUGCCUGAAUUGCCAUACCAACAGGGAUAUCCCGUGUUCCAACCUUUCCAAAGAGACAAUGAUGAGCCCAUGAUUAAUAACGCGUUCUCGGCAAACAAUACCGAGGACGCGAUCGAACUUUUGAACGUGGCAGCUACCGGAGAUACCAAGGUCCAGCUUCUCGACGACGGACAUUACAGUUUUGACUAUCCUGUUCCUAAACAUCUGAUCUCGCGGAUCCCGUUUGAAGACGCGAAAAACCUCACAGAGUUCACGCAUUUGCGGUAUCAUGCCAUCACAUCAGACCCAAAGGACUUUACAGACGGUGACAUGGAAAAGCGCCAGGACAUUGUCAAUUAUCCCUUGAGACCAAACCUUUACGGUGUCCGUCGUGAGACAGAGCUGAUGAUUGUUUGCACGAUGUACAACGAGGACGAGGUGUUACUUGGACGUACUUUGAAAGGUGUCUUUAAAAACAUCAAGAACAUGUACAACUUGCCUGAAAAGGAGAACAACAUCCAUCCGUUCGGCAAGGACGCGUGGAAGAAGAUUGUGGUGGUCAUUGUGAGUGAUGGACGGUCCAAGAUCCAUGAACGGUCAAAGGCAUUGCUGACUUUGCUGGGUUGCUACCAAGAAGGUGUGAUCCAGGAGAAAGUCAACGACGACAACGUGAACGCGCAUUUGUUCGAAUACACCACCACAUUUGGUAUUGGUCAGUUCGACUACCACAGAGGCAACGAUGGAAAGGGUUUCACUGUUCCUUUGGUGACAGAACAGACUGUUCCGGUGCAGAUGAUGUUUUUGCUCAAGGAGCAGAAUAAGCAAAAGAUCAACUCGCACCGUUGGGCUUUCAACUUUUUGUGUCCGAACUUGCGGCCCAAGAUUGUUUGUUUGCUCGAUGUUGGAACUGAGCCGGGUCCCGACUCUAUCUACAAGCUGUGGCAAUCGUUCAAAGACCCACAAGUCGGUGGCUCUUGUGGAGAGAUCCGCGCUAUGCUGGGAAAAAAGAUGAGUCCGAACGACGAAGGAACGUUUAUGGAGAAGUUUGGUCGGUGGAUCGUCAAGAUGUUUUCUGAUCUCAUGUGUGUUAUGUUCAAUCCUCUGAUUGCAGCACAGAACUUUGAGUACAAGAUCUCUAACAUCCUCGACAAACCUAUGGAGUCUGCGUUUGGUUUUGUCACUGUGCUUCCUGGAGCUUUCAGCGCGUACAGAUACGAGGCAUUACAGGGCGACCCAUUGAAGGCCUAUUUCCACGGAGAAGAUAUGAAAACCAACACCGAAAAACCAGCAGGAACGCUCGAAUCCAACAUGUAUCUUGCGGAAGACCGUAUUUUGUGUUUUGAGCUGGUUGCCAAGAAAGGCGCCUCGUACGUUCUGCGGUACGUUCACGACGCGUUCGGAGUGACCGACGUGCCGUCCAACAUUAGCGAGUUCAUCAACCAGCGUCGGAGAUGGCUCAAUGGGUCGUUUUUCGCCGCAUUGUACUCGGUGCUCCACUUCUACCGGAUCUUCAGCUCGAGACACUCGUUUGGUCGCAAGCUGAUUCUGCUCAUCGAGGUGAUCUACCAAACGGUCAACAUCGGGCUCUCGUGGUUUUCGCUGUCGUUCUACUUUUUGGUGUUCCGAAUUCUCACCUUGGGUGUUACAGCCACGUCCGUUGGCUUCAAAGCCGGAAACAUAUUGGCAGUGGUAUUUCUGUGGAUCUACAUUGCCGCGCUCGGACUUACGUUCAUCAUUUCGUUCGGUAAUAAACCGCGCGACGCCAAACGGCUGUACCAGCUGGCGUUCCUCCUGUUUUCCAUUGUGAUGGCGUACAUGAUUUUCUGUGUCAUCAUGCUGACGAUUUCAUCGGUCCACUCGAUCCAGGACGAGAUUGCGUCGUCAACCAAGAAUAAGGUGCUGGCGUACUUUGAAAACUCAAAAUUCCGCAACCUGACCGUGGCACUCUCGUCUACGUACGCAUUGUACAUCAUCGGAUCGCUGCUAUUCCUGGACAUGUUCCACAUCGUUGGUUGCAGUCUACAGUACAUUUUCCUGAGCCCUGCCUACAUCAACGUGCUGAGUGUCUUUGCAUUCUGCAACAUCCACGACAUCUCAUGGGGAACGAAGGGUGCCGUUAAAGUGGACGACGCAGGAAAGAAACAGGCCAACAAGAGCGACAGCUCAAAUGAGUUGAUCUUGUCCGAAGCCCUGCGCGACCCAGACGAAUUAUAUUUACUUGCGCAAACUGACAUAUCCGAGCCAGAAGCCGUUGAAAAAGAAAACACGCUAAAAACCUCGGAACGGAAUUAUUCCUUGGGAAGAACAUACACUGUGCUUGCUUGGCUGGUGUGCAAUUUCAUCAUCCUUGUUCUGGUGCUGCGUACGGGCGGACUUGACGACUACAAUGACAAUAAGAACAACAAAUCCAGCAGCAGCACAUCAACGUCCAAAACUAAACGAAGCACAGACACCAAUAGCUCCAAUACGUUUAUGACGUUUGUUUUAUGGUGCGUUUUUGUUCUUGCAUUGUUCCGCUUGUUUGGAGCCAUAGUGUAUCGGUUGGACGCCGUAUUCCGCAAACGUCGCUACCACAAACACGCUGUGUUCUGA